AUGGCGGGAAAAUCCCUAACCUUGUCGGCGAUGAUUCUCGCCAUGCUUCUACUUUCACCGGAGCUAUGCACGGGACACGACUAUCGCGACGCUCUCAAGAAGAGCAUCCUCUUCUUUGAAGGUCAACGCUCCGGCAAGCUGCCACCGGACCAACGCCUUAAAUGGCGACGUGACUCAGCACUACGCGACGGUUCCUCCGCCGGAGUGGAUCUAACCGGAGGCUACUACGACGCUGGAGACAACGUAAAGUUCGGUUUCCCGAUGGCGUUCACCACGACGAUGAUGUCAUGGAGCGUCAUCGACUUCGGGAAAACGAUGGGACCUGAGCUAGGAAACGCCGUGAAAGCGAUCAAAUGGGGAACGGACUAUCUUCUAAAAGCGACUGCGGUUCCAGGCGUCGUGUUCGUACAAGUCGGAGACGCUUACUCCGACCACAACUGCUGGGAACGUCCUGAGGACAUGGACACGUUACGGACGGUUUACAAAGUCGACAAGGACCAUCCUGGUUCUGAGGUGGCGGGAGAGACCGCAGCCGCUUUGGCCGCCGCGUCGAUCGUGUUUGAAAAACGCGAUCCAGCAUACUCCAAACGCCUCCUGGACCGUGCAGCAAGGGUGUUUGCUUUCGCCAAUAAGUACAGAGGAGCGUAUAGUGAUAGUCUUCGCCAAGCAGUAUGUCCUUUUUACUGCAAUUUCAACGGUUACGAGGAUGAGUUGCUGUGGGGAGCGGCAUGGCUACACAAAGCUUCGAAGAAACGAGUGUACAGAGAGUUUAUUUUGAAGAACAAAGAGAUUCUAAGAGCUGGAGAGACGAUCCACGAGUUUGGUUGGGAUAACAAACAUGCUGGGAUUAAUGUCUUAAUCUCCAAAAUGGUCCUAAUGGGAAAAGCAGAUUAUUUUCAGAGCUUUAAGCAAAACGCUGAUGAGUUUAUCUGUUCUUUAUUGCCUGGGAUUUCUCACCCUCAAGUCGAAUACUCACUAGGAGGAUUACUAGUGAAGAGUGGAGGGAGUAACAUGCAGCAUGUAACAUCUUUGUCGUUUCUGUUAAUAACAUAUUCUAAUUACCUAAGUCACGCCAAUAAGGUAGUGCCUUGCGGCCAAUUCACAGCUUCUCCAGCUCUUCUCCGUCAAGUAGCCAAACGACAGGUGGACUACAUACUAGGAGAUAAUCCAAUGAAAAUGUCGUACAUGGUUGGGUAUGGUUCGAAGUUUCCACAGAGGAUUCACCAUCGUGGAAGCUCGGUUCCUUCGGUCGUGGAUCAUCCUGCUCGCAUAGGGUGCAAAGAAGGAUCUCGUUAUUUCCUCAGCCCGAACCCUAACCCUAACUUGUUAAUUGGUGCUGUAGUUGGUGGGCCGAAUGUCACUGAUGAUUUUCCUGAUUCAAGGACGUACUUUCAGCUGACUGAGCCCACCACUUACAUCAACGCACCUCUACUGGGCCUUCUUGGUUACUUUUCGGCCCGUACUUGAUAUUCCUAAAGUCUAACGAUAAAGUUUGCUCGUUAAGAUUUGUCUAGAGGUGUGCUGAUAACUCGUCACCACCCUACAAUUACCAAAUGUUGAAUGUUUAUUAGUUUUCUACACCACAAGAAUUCAGCCGAUAUGGGGAAUUACUCACAAUACAUUGUUUUUACUAUACAUGUCUUUGUAACACACAAAUGAUCAAUCGUAGUGAAUAUGGAAUCAGUUAAAAAUGUCUUUUCC